AAGCCGAAUAGACAGCUGAGAGAGCCAACUGCAUCUAUCAUCUUGAAGCCAUUAGACCAAUUGCAGGGUGGUAGGGGAGGGAGGUCUCUGUUUGCAGCAUCCCUGGAGCAGCCCCUGUUGUGUGAAAUACAAGAAAGGGCAAGACGGGGAGGAAACCAACGAGGAGGCAACCGGAGAACGGGAAGGGGAUCUAUUGGAGGCUGCCGGGAUAGGGUUACUCUGGUGUGUGGAGUCCAUCUUCACAGAAACACGGCUGUUUUGUCAAUGUAAAUAGCCUGUGCAGUACCUAUAUUGCUAAAGGGGGAAGCAAACGAGGAGGGGCAGCCGCUGGAGAAAAUGCUGCCUCUUCCAAUGAAAUCUUCCCCUCUCUAGCUACCCCGGCCUGCCGCAGAUCACCUCUGAAGUCAUGCGUGUUGUAUAUUAAGAUCACAUGGCCAAAGCAUCAUUAAUGCCUCAGCAGACCCCAAACCAGAGGGAAGACGCCUGUGUUGACCAUGAGCCGCGCUAGAAGCUGAGCGACACAUCAGCGUUCACACAGAGAUUGAAAAUACAUCCUUCAGUUCAAACUGUUACACCUGACCAUGGCUGUGACUGCAGCUGAGACAACUACAAGUUUUCUUUCCACAACUGCCACGGCCACCCCACUUUCCUUUCUCUCGACGAGAAACGCCAGAGACAAUGUCACCUCCAGAAUGUCAUUAAUGACUGUUACUAUAACAACAAACGAGACCAGCUUCAAUGCCACCACGUUUCCAAAGGCGGUGAUUGAGGGCUCGGGAAUGGGAAUGGUGCUCUUACCCUUUGGCAUCAUCACUGUCAUUGGCUUGGCAGUGGCAAUUAUGCUGUAUAUUCGGAAACGGAAGCGGUUGGAGAAGCUGAGACACCAGCUUAUGCCCAUGUACAACUUUGACCCGGCUGAAGAACAAGACGACCUGCUGGAACAGGAACUACUGGACCACGGCCGGGAAGGCAGCAUCACAGGUCCCAAUGCAAAGUUUUGACAAUGACAUAAUGGUAACAGGAAAACAUGGUAAAGUAUCACCUGAGUGUCUUUUGAACCAUCUCUUUUAAACCUUUUUUUUCCCACAAUCCUCAUUCUUUCAUUAUUUCAGUAUCUCAAACAAUAACCAGUAGGUUAGAUGUUUGCAAUGUGUAAUGUUUAUCAUUUCAUAUAAACUAAUCUAUAUUAAAGUAUGCUAACAGAGGACACACACCAACACAAUCAAAGCAUUUCCCUUGGAAACUACACCUAUAUUAUCUUUCAUCCUUUCCUUUGUGUUCCUUCAACUUAAUACUUUAACAUCACAUUUUCCAGGGGCCACAUGCACAAAAGUAUGCAAAACAUCACCUUUUUUAUUAUUAUUAUUUUCAAAUAAGUAGACCUUGGUUAAGAUUAUUUAGUCAAACCCUUAUUGAGCAUUGCAUUGCAAAACAAUAUGUGUCAAUCAGCCCUACAAUUAAUUAUCAACGAAUUGUUAGACUGCAGGUUGGCAUUUUUAAUAUACUGGUAAAUUUAUUACAUACCCUAAACGAUUUGCAUACUAUGGUUUUUUUACAUGUGGCCUUAGAUUCUAACACAUUUUCUCCGGUUUCAGUAGUCAGUCAUACUCUAAAUCUGUAGGUUAAUUUAGCUGUUUUGAUGGUUCUAAAAUGAACAAAACAGAAUGUCGCACUGGGACAACUAGUUGUCAUCACCAUUCCUUACAAUCCAAGGCUGGAUUUAAUGUCACUAAUAGUUUUGUCUCCCAUCCAUCCUGCUGCCCAUCUACUCUGCAGACUCUCACAACCUCCCAGGGGACCAUGCAGAGGCCCAGUCGUCUGGUCUUCACAGAUGUAGCCAAAGCUCUCAACGCUUAACAGCUCUCUUCCAUUAGUUGGUUCAUUGAUAUACAGACUGUCUCUCAGGAAGGAAAACAAAGGGACAACUGGACUAUUUUUUGGAACAACUGGAGCUUUGGUGAACGUUUUCCUCACGACGACACAGUACCUGUAAUGGGUGUGUUUUUCAACAACAACAAACAAACGUAAGGUGCAUGUAUGAUGAGGGAGCAUAACGGGAAACGUCACAUAUAAUCUUGCACUGUUGUCAUUUGGCACACAAAUGCAGUGUAAUGCACUAUUCUUGAAUCAUGUUGUGUCAUUGCUGUUACAAUGUUUGGUAGCUUGUCAGUGAAGUUCUUCUGAGCUUCAAUCUCUACUACCAUGUUUGAUAAGAGAGUGUUAUACUGAUUUUGUGUUCUUUUGUCACUGACAAGCUUGAACUCCGGAUGUGUUACCAUCCUUAUGUACCCUUAGGUAAAGUAUUGUUUUUGUCUGUAUACAUUAAAACUAUUGAAACCAACUUGAAAAAGGGUGUUGUACAAAUCUAUAACAAAAGAGAGUCGAUAGGUGCGAUAUUUUAUUAAUAAGCGAUAAAGAGGCAGAAUAACACAAAUCACAUGGUAAAGGAUCAUAACAAAAAUAUAUAUCACAGGUUUGUGAGUUGUAUUAAAGAAGUGGAUGAGGACACAUCAAUACCAACUACAAAAUGGGGUUAAAAGUAAGGCAGAAAGGAUGAUUUCUCAAGUUACACUUCAACUUUUCAAUAGUUGAAAAUAGAUCAAGUACGGUAUGUAACUAAUUAUCACUAGCAGUAAGAUAUCAGAACAACAUUGUCCCCAUAUAGAGAGUAAAUAUCCAGACAGAGCUUGUGUAAAUAACAAACAUUAUGGUGAAAUGAAUGUAGGGAGAUGAGAUGAGUGGACUACAACAGUACUAGUUUGAUACUUAUUUCAAGAUUUCAUGAUGCACAUCGCCUGGUCUGAUGGAAAAGGUCAGAUACAACACACUAACUCAUUUCUUCAGAGAUGUCCCAGGCUUGUUAGUUUUCAGAGGUAGUCCAGAUGGCAAAAAAAAGUAAAGUCAAUGCAGAUGAACAAGAAAAUAUACCUGUAUGUAAAUUAAUUAAGCUCCUCUGGCAGCAAUUUAGUCAACAAUGCUGAAAUACAUGAAAGGUAUUGGGAUACAACAUAUCAGUGAUACAAUUGGCAAGUUUUAGGUGGAGGAAACACUCGAUACAUUGAUAGGUGAUAUUCAAGUCAUGUAAUAAACAACUAGUAAGUGAUACGUAGUUCAUGAUGGAUCCAUGUCUACUACAUAUGAUGACACAAUGAAUGAAUCUGAGGAGCUUGAAGUAUUUGCAACAGGCUGUCUGUCAGUUUAAGUGCAACUAUCUUGACCAACAAUGUCUCAAAAACAUUUUUGUGAAAACAGACUGCAGGCUAGAAUCCCAUUUUAUUU